AUGAGACCUCGAGCUGAAGUGUGGCGACCUGAGGUGAUGGGUGCAUCGAUCUAUAAACCAGAAACAAUAAAAGCGGUGUGGAGUACUAUGAUGCGGUUCUGGGAUAAUGCGUUUAAGACGGGGUUGUUGAUGGAGAGACGGAAUGACCAGUUGACGACGUGGAUGUGGACGCAUGUGCAGGACGAGAUUAUGGCCGUCUUUAAGAGACAUCCCGAUGUGCUUAGAAAGGCACCGGUAUUGGAACGUGACAUUCGACACGGAAGGAUCACGCCCGGAUGGGCUGCGGAAUCGCUGUUGCGCACCUUCUUCGGUCUAUAG